GACUUGCUGAAAUUGACAAAAAAGAGUCAGUAAAGAGACUAGGUGGUGAAGAGAAUAGAAGCUUUGAGGAAAAUGCACAACCAAAACAAGCCAUGUGCCAGCAAAAAAGUGGGAUGGAAUGGCUGACAGAUUUCAGAAACAAACAAGAACAGGAAAUAAAUAGCUUGGCUGAUGCUGACAAAGGAAGCAAACCAGCAGCAAAACAGGUCAUGAGCGAGGGAAUGAAUUGGCUGCUGUGUGACGUAAAGGCAGAGAAAGACCUUCACUCAGGACCACAGGUGAGACCUGUGGAAGGAAGACGGCAAAGGGUAUGUGAGCCAACAGCAGAAAAGGCACAGCUUGGACCUGAACGCAAGGACCUGAUGGAUGACUGGUUUGGAAACAUGGCCGUCAAGAGCAAAGAGAAUGGAAGGGUUGAGAUCAACAAGAGACAUCAGCAGACAAGAGAGGAGAGCAUGCACAUUUUGGAGAGUCUGACUGAUUUAUCAGAGAAGAAAGAUGAGACAGAUUGUCAUUCAGGAUGCCAGGAUGCCAAGAGACCUGUGGCAGGAAGAAGGCAAGGGGCCUGUCAACCAACAGCACAGCUUGAACCUGAACGCAAGAACCUGAAGGAUGACUGGCUUGGAGAUUUUGGUGUCAAGAACAAAGAGAAUGAAAGAGCUGAGAUGAACAGAAGACAUCAGCAAAGAAGAGAGGAGAGCAGACAAAUGCUGCAGAGUCUGACAGAUCAAUCAGAGAAGAAGGCUGAGAAAGAUCACCAUUCAGGAUUCCAGGUGAGACCUGUGGCAGGAAGAAGGCAAAGUGCAUGUGAACCAACAGCAGAAAAGGCACAGCUUGAACCUGAACACAGCUUGAACCUGAACCUGGAUGAUGACUGGUUUGGCAACAUGGCCGUCAAGAGCAAAGAGAAUGGAAGGGAUGAGAUCAACAAGAGACAUCAGCAGAGAAGAGAGGAGAGCAGACAAAUGUUGCAGAGUCUGACUGAUCAAUCAGAGAAGAAGGAUGAGACAGAUCGUCAUUCAGGAUUCCAGGUGAGACCUGUGGCAGGAAGACGGCAACGUGCAUGUGAACCAACAGCAAAAGAGGCACAGCUUGGACCUGAGCACAAGGACCUGAAGGAUGACUGGUUUGGAGAUAUGGGCGUCAAGAACAAAGAGCAUGGAAGGGCUGAUAUGAACAGAAGACAUCAGCAGAGACGAGAGGAGAGCAGACAAAUGCUGCUGAGUCUGACAGAUCAAUCAGAUAAGAAGGAUGAGAAAGACGGACAUUCAGGAUGCCAAGUUGCCAGGACACCUGUGGCAGGAAGAAGGCAAAGCGCCUGUGAACCAAAGACACAGCUUGAACCUGAACGCAAGGACCCGGAUGGUGUCUGGUUUGGCAACAUGACCGUCAAGAGCAAAGAGAAUGGAAGGGAUGAGAUCACCAAGAGACAUCAGCAGAGAAGAGAGGAAAGCAUGCACAUUUUGCAGAGUCUGACUGAUUUAUCAGAGAAGAAGGAUGAGAAAGAUCCUCCUUCAGGAUGUCAGGGGAGGCCUGUGGCAGGAAGAAGGCAAAGUGCAUGUGAACCAACAACAGAAAAGGCACAGCUUGAACCUGAACACAAGGACCUGAAGGAUGACUGGUUUGGAGAUAUGGGCGUCAAGAGCAAAGAGAGUCAAAGGGGUGAGAUGAACAGAAGACAUCAGCAGAGAAGAGAGGAGAGCAGGCAAAUGUUGCAGAGUCUGACCGAACAAUCAGAGAAGAAGAAUGAAAACAAAGACAAGAAACUCAUACCAGGGUCUAGACGUGCUAUAGGGAGCGCAAAUCCUGACGAAGGAUGUCUUUUAGAGGUAAAUAAACCAGACACCAAACAGACAAUAAGCCAGAGAAAUGAGGAGAUGGACUGGCUGUGUGGAUCCAAGACAAAACAAGUGGAUUCAGAAAAUGUCACAGCAGCUGCAGAGGGAACAAUAAGGCAAAGGGCACGUGGACUACCAGUUAGAAAUACAAAAACACCUGCAUACAAGAAACUGGACGAUGACUGGUUUGGGAGUACUACCAAAGAGGACAAAUGGGACAUUGACAGGAGGCAUGAGCAAAGCAGACAGAAGCUGCAGAACCAGACCAAUCAAGCAGAGCAAAGAGAAAAAGAGGACAUCAUGGUAGCACCAACAGUGAGAACUUCUGUAGGAAGGAAAGAUGCUGGAGGCCUAUUCCUUGGACAGGUAGACAAACAAGAGAUGGAGCAAAAGACACGUGAGGAGAGUUGGAAUGAGCUCAGACGCGAUAAUCAUAGAAAGUUAAUGGGAAAUCAGCUCAAGCAAGAAACAAAGAUUCAUGUGAGCCAGCCAAAAGAGCAGGGCAACCGACUGGAAAGACACAGAACCCAACCAGAGGGAUUGCUUAAUGAUGUGAGUCAAACACGAUCAAAUAAACUUGAAGACACACUGGCUUACAAGGAGACAAAGGCACAAGGAAAGGCAGACACUGUACAGCUAAACAACACAGAGAGCCACGUCAGUGUGAAAUGCCAGAAUAAAACUGACAACUGGUUCAAACAAUGGAUGCAGACAAAGAAAAGCGAUAAAAAAGCUGAUCCGGCAGGAAAUGAGAAGGGUGGCGUGGAGCUGUGCGAAGUAAGACGUCCCACCAGAGAGAACAACGGGAACAUAGGCAAAGUGGAGACUGUGGCCACCAAUGGAUCCUUGAGAGAGCUUCAAGUCAGCCAACUCACAGAAAAGGAGGAAGUAAAAAACAAUGGGACAAUGGGACAAUGGGAAUCGAGCCUGUGGGACAGCAUAACAGGUGAGCUGCAUGUACAACCAAGCCGAUCAUUGAAAGAGGCGAGCCAGUCUGACCUUGGUGAUCCAGCAAAAAGGAAAGUGGUCUCUCCUCAUCAACAAGCCACCACAACAGCAGGACGUCAAAGGCCAUCUAUUGAUAGAUUUCAAAACAAUUCCAAGUUCGAGAUGGAUGAUGAUGGAUUGGAAUCUAUCACUUUGGAGGAACCUAGAUCAGAGAGAACACCACCUCAGAUGACGUGGACAACAGCAACACCACAGAGAGGAAAUACACUGGGCAAAAGUGAGAUGCCAAAAGAGUUGCUGAAUAACCCCAGAGACUUGGUGAAGGAGGGCGAACAGGUUGAAAGUGCCAACCAAGAGAGGGAGAGGCGGAAAAAUGAACAGGCUCACAAAGACAACGAGCUAAGUAAGAUGAGGAAACAAAUGGAGACGAGGGAUGGCAAAACAGAAGGCCAAGCAACUUUUGACAGCAAGAGGCCCUCUGAGGUCCCCCUCAUUUCCCAUUCAUUGGAUGCUGUUCAUGAGAAGAGGAAUAACUCUGGUGUUUCAGCUAAAGAAAAAGCUGUGGAGGAGGACAAACUCCUGCGUAACACAGAGCACCAGGGGACCCUGGAGAAGAGCCCCUCUCUGGUCAACCUCUUGGCCUGUUCAGAUGCCAGUGGCGAGGAGGGAGAUAACAGGUCUGAGACCGCCUCCUUAGCACAAUAUCAAACACCAGAGGUUGACUGUGAGAACACAAACAACAAGAGUGUGAGGAGGAGGGUCCUUAAAUGGGUCAAUAAGAAAGCAAAGGACUACUACAGCAAGAAGAUCGAAAAGACAUACAAGAGAGAGCAGGAGGAGGGGGACAAUCUAUACGCACCAUGGUACAGCGUAAAUGCAAUGUGGCGCUCAGAAAGGGAGCAGGAGAAGAGGAAGGCAUUAAUGAAAGCUGAGGAGAGACGGCAGCGCUUUGAGGGUUCCUUGCUCAACUGGGAGGCCAAACGGGCCAAGAAGAGGGCUCUAAGGAUGGAGGAAGAGGAGAAAUGUAACAAGGAAAUGGAUGACAUGUGGUUUGUGGACGACCUCAUAGAUAUAUUCUAACAAUAUCCCUGACAACCUCAUGUAAAGGAUGGUAAGUGGACAAUUUGGCUUAUACUGGACGAUGAACCACAAAGGAAAAAAAUGUUCAUGAAGACAGGAAGAACAGAGACAACCAAACAUCUAGAAAACCUGAAGAUACAUGACACUCUUCACAUGGAACAAAACUGCUUUGAAUGCAGUGGGAUAGAUUUAUUAGCCAAAAAACAUACACACGCUUCAAUCUUAAUAUUUCCAUCUUUUUUCAUUUGUUAUUUUGUUUUUAUUACUAUUGUUAUUAUCAUUUUCA